CCUCCCGCCACCGGCAGCGCCCCGAACCCCCCCAUCCCCCCGGUCCCCUCCCGGUCCCGGCAGAGCUCCGGCCGGGCCCCCCCGCGCUUCCCGCCCCGCUCAAUGGGGCCGUUGUGCGCCCCACGCGUGGGCACAAAGCGCGGCCGCUGAUUCCGGCCCGGCCCUCCCCCCGUUCUGCGCCCCCCCCGCAUUCUCGCCCCGCCCCUCCCGGUGCUGCGGCGGUGUCGUUGCACACCGGGGCCGCCGGGGGCGCCCUCGCCGCCCGCUCCGGUGCCGGUGCCGUUUGCGGGAUCCGCCAGCGGAGCCAGAGCGGUGCUGUGGGGGCAGAGCCAUGAGGGAGGGCUGAGCCCCCCCCGCCGGGACCCGCAGCCACCCCCAGGCAGGAUGCGGGGGGCGCAGCGGGCGCUGUGCCUGCUGCUGGUGGCCUCGGCCUCGCUGGCCGCGCUCUACCUGCACCUCUGGGCACCCAAGGGUGCCCCCAGCGUGGACCUGCGCCGCCCCCCCCCCGAGCGGCUGCCACCCCCCCUGCCCCCCCCCGCCCGCGCCUACCCCCACGUGCCCUUCCGCCUCAAGGAGGAGGUCUUGGAGCUGCUGCCCAGGAACGGCUGCUCGUGCGAGGCGGAGGCGGAGGCGGGACUGGCGCUGCCGCUCCACCGGAGACUCUUCGGGCCCGGCCCGCCGGGGAUGGAUUUCGGCAGCGCCUUCGCCCCCGCGGAACGGCCGCGGCAGCUCCGCCUGCGGGAGCGCGAGUACCGCAACUACCGGAGCCGGGUGCAGACCCCCGCUGACCGGCUGCUGAUCGUCCCCGCCAACUCCCCGCUGGAGUACCCGGUGCAGGGGGUGGAGGUGCGGCCGCUGCAGACGGUGCUGGUGCCCGGGCUCAGCCUGCAGGCCCCGGCCCGGAGCAGGUACCAGGUGAACCUGACGGCCUCUCUGGGGACUCUGGCGGUGGCGGCCGAGGUGGAGGGCGUGGCGCUGCGGGGGGAGGGGCAGCCGCACCUGUCCGUUACCGCGGCGCGGCUGGACCACCUGAACCGGCAGCUGCAGUUCGUCACCUACACCAACACCCAGUUCCACCCCGACACCGCCGACAUCGUGCGGUUCUCCACCGACGGUCACUCCGCCGCCUUCGCCAUCCGCAUCCGCCACCCGCCCACGCCGCGCCUGUACGGCCCCGGGACCGCCGGUGACAGCGACACCGACAGCGACAGCGACAGUGACAGUGACAGCGGCGGGGACGGGGGGUACAACAUCUCGGCGCUGGUGACAGUGGCCACCAAGACGUUCCUGCGCUAUGACAAACUGCGGGGACUCAUCGCCAGCAUCCGCCGCUUCUACCCCUCUGUCACCAUCGUGGUGGCCGACGACAGCCAGCGGCCCGAGCCCCUCUCCGGGCCACACCUGGAGCACUACCUCAUGCCCUUCGGCAAGGGCUGGUUCGCCGGGAGGAACCUGGCGGUGUCGCAGGUCACCACCAAGUACGUGCUGUGGGUGGACGAUGAUUUCAUCUUCACGGCCCGCACCAGGCUGGAGAAGCUCGUGGAUGUGCUGGAGAGAACCAGCCUGGACCUGGUGGGCGGCGCGGUGCGGGAGAUCACCGGGUACACCACCACGUACCGGCAGCGGCUGGUGGUGCGCGGCGGCGGCGCGGGCGGGGACUGCCUCCGGACCCGGCCCGGUUUCCAUCACCGCCUCGCCGGUUUCCCCGCCUGCGUCGUUACCGACGGCGUCGUCAACUUCUUCCUGGCGCGCACCGACAAAGUGCGGCAGGUGGGCUUCGACCCCCGCCUGCGCCGCGUGGCGCACCUGGAGUUCUUCAUCGACGGGCUGGGGGUGCUGCACGUGGGCUCCUGCGAGGACGUGGUGGUGGACCACGCGUCCAAGCUGGCGCUGCCGUGGCGGCGCUCGGAGGGAGAGCGGCAGUACAACCGCUACCGGUACCCGGCGGCGCGCGACGACAGCCUGCGCCAAAAACAGCGCCUCUUCUUCUUCAAGAACCGCUUCAAGUGCAUGGCCGGCGACUAGAGAUGGCCAGUGGUCACCUGGGAUGGUCAUCGGUCACCAGGGAUGGUCACCAACCACUAGGGAUGGCCACUGGUCACUAGGGAUAGUCACCGGUCACCAGGGAUGGCCAUCGAUGACUAGGCCUGGCCACUGGUCACCAGGGAUGGCCAUCGGUGACUAGAGAUGGCCAUCGGUCAACAGGGAUGGCCACUGGUCACUAGGGAUGGUCACCAACCACUAGGGAUGGUCACCAACCACUAGGGAUGGCCAUCGGUCACCAGGGAUGGCCAACGGUCACUAGGGAUGGCCACCGGUCACCAGGGAUGGCCACUGGUCACUAGGGAUGGCCAACGGUGACUAGAGAUGGCCAACGGUGACUAGAGAUGGCCAUUGGUCACCUGGGAUGGUCACUGGUCACUAGGGAUGGUCAUCGGUCAUCAGGGAUGGUCACUGGUCACCAGGGAUGGUCAUCGGUCACCAGGGAUGGUCAUCGGUGACCAGGGAUGGUCACCGGUCACCGGGGAUGGUCACUGGUCACCAGGGAUGGUCACUGGUGACUAGGGAUGGUCAUUGGUCACUAGGGAUGGCCAGCGGUGACCAGGGAUGGCCAUCGGUCACCAGGGAUGGCCACCGGUCACCAGGGAUGGUCACCGGUCACCAGGGAUGGCCAUCGGUCACCAGGGAUGGUCACCGGUGACUAGGGAUGGCCACUGGUCACUAGGGAUGGCCACUGGUCACCAGGGAUGGUCACCGGUCACUAGGGAUGGCCACUGGGGAAUAGGGAUGGUCACUGGUCACUAGGGAUGGCCAUUGGUCACUAGGGAUGGCCAUCGGCCACCAGGGAUGGCCAUCGGUCAACUGGGAUGGCCACCGGUCAACAGGGAUGGCCAUCAGUCACUAGGGGUGGCCACUGGUGACUAGGGAUGGCCACUGGUCACUAGGGAUGGUCACCAACCACCAGGGAUGGCCACGGGUCAACAGGGAUGGCCAUCGGUGACUAGAGAUGGCCACUGGUCACCAGGGAUGGCCAUCGGUCACCAGGGAUGGUCACCAGUCACCAGGGAUGGCCAUCGGUGACUAGAGAUGGCCACUGGUCACCAGGGAUGGUCAUCGGUCACCAGGGAUGGCCACUGGUGACUAGGGGUGGUCAUUGGUCACUAGGGAUGACCACUGGUCACUAGGGAUGGCCACCGGUGACCAGGGAUGGUCAUCGGUCACUAGGGAUGGUCACCAACCACUAGGGAUGGUCACCAACCACUAGGGAUGGUCACUGGUCACCAGGGAUGGUCACCGGUCACCAGGGAUGGCCAUUGGGGACUAGAGAUGGCCACUGGUCACCAGAGAUGGCCAUCGGUCACCAGAGAUGGCCAUCGGUCACCAGGGAUGGCCACUGGUCACCAGGGAUGGCCACUGGUCACCAGGGAUGGCCAAUGGUGACUAGAGAUGGCCAUUGGUGACUAGGGAUGGUCAUUGGUCACCAGGGAUGGCCAUCGGUCACUAGGGAUGGCCAUCGGUCACUAGGGAUGGCCACCAGUGACUGGGGAUGGCCACUGGUCACUAGGGAUGGCCACUGGUCACUAGGGAUGGCCACUGGUGACUGGGAUGGCCACUGGUGACCAGGGAUGGCCACCGGUCACCAGGGAUGGCCACCGGUCACCAGGGAUGGUCACCGGUCACCAGGGAUGGCCAUUGGUCACCAGGGAUGGUCAUCGUUGACUAGGGAUGGCCACCGGUCACCAGGGAUGGCCACUGGUCACCAGGGAUGGCCACUGGUCAACAGGGAUGGCCACUGGUCAUCAGGGAUGGCCAGCGGUCACUAGAGAUGGUCACUGGUCACCAGGGAUGGCCAUUGGUCACCAGGGAUGGUCACUGGUCACCAGGGAUGGCCACCGGUCACCAGGGAUGGUCACCGGUCACCAGGGAUGGCCAAUGAUGACCAGGGAUGGCCAUUGGUCACUAGGGAUGGUCAUCGGUGACUAGAGAUGGCCACUGGUCACUAGGGAUGGUCAUCGGUGACUGGGGAUGGUCAUCGGUGACUAGGGAUGACCACCGGUCACCAGGGAUGGCCAUUGGUGACUAGAGAUGGCCACUGGUGACUAGGGAUGGUCAUCGGUCACCAGGGAUGGCCAGUGGUCACCAGGGAUGGCCAUCGGUCACCAGGGAUGGCCAUUGGUGACCAGGGAUGGCCAUUGGUGACCAGGGAUGGCCACUGGUCACCAGGGAUGGCCACCAGCCACAGCUGGCCACCCCCACGCCACUGACCCCAUCGGGCCACCUCCUGUGGGCCACUUCCAGGGCCACCAACCCUUUGGGCCACCCGGGGGCCACCACCACUGACCACCCCCGGGGUGACACGGGGCCACCCCCGGGGUGACCACCGCCAGUGCCACCAUGGUCCAGCUCAAGGGUCACCCUCCCGAGUGCCACCACCGCUGGUCACCCAUGGGACACCCCCCACCCAGUGCCACCCCCAGGGCCACCUCGGGGUCCCCGCAGCCCCCCCGCCCCCCCCCGCGGUGUUUUUAGCUCUUUUGUACUUUGGGGGGGGGUGGGGGGAGGUUUUGGGGUCCCCCGGGUCCCCCCCGAGCCCCCCACUCGGUUUUGUACCGCCCCGCCCCUCCCCCGCGCUGCCGCAGGAUUUUUGUGCCAAGUCUCCGCCCCUCCCCCCGCGACCCCCGAGGGGGUGGGGGAGGGGAUGGGGGAGGGGCUGCCCCCCCCUCCCCCCCCUUUUCUACCCAAUGGAUGGUGAGAUUUUA